AUGCAAGUCUCACUUCUCAGUGUUAUUACCAUCGUAGCAUUCGCUAUGAACGUCGCUGCUGGCCCCGUGCCGGAUGAGCUUCUCCCACGAAAAUGCUCUGGUAUCGGUACAUGCGGAAAUCUCAUCUGCAAGGUGAAGAGUGGUUGCACCUGCUCCAACGCAGGCUGUCUCAAGGAGUCAAGCCGAAUCUGCACUUGCGCUUAG